GAAAAGAACAUAAAACUGAGUAACCCAGAAGAGUUUGAGGAAGAAAUUUAAAAAUCAGCAACGUUGUUUUAUACAAGAUAUAAUAAUUAUAAGCAAGAUAUAUUAAUUAAUUAAUAUACCUUAGUUUUAUAGUCAGUUUUCUAAUAAAAAUAAAGAAUAUUCAAGAAGUUAUUUUUAAAUAAAAGUAAAAAUAAAGUCAAAAGUGAAUUUUAAUGAAAAGAAACCUAUAUAAACGAAAAAUUUUUUGUUAUCAGUAAAUUGUUUAAUUGUACAUUUUGACGAACUAGAAAGCAAUGAAUCAACAAGGAAUUACUAAUAAGAUACAAAUUUCCGGAGUUUCCAAUAGAGUUAAAAGUUUAAAUGAGGCUCUCAAUGACUUCGCGAGUUGAUGAAAAUAUCCAAAAAAUUGGAAAGUAAAUACACGAAUUUAGAAGAAGAGCUUAAGGAUUACAUUAAUAUAAAAUCGAUAUUAGAGAUUGAUAAUGCUCGACUUGAAAGUCAAUUAAAACUAAUUCAAAAACAAUUAGAUGAUACUAAAUUAAGUAACGAUCGUCUUUUGGACGAAAAUUCAAAACUACCAGAAUUAAAUGAAAAAAUUACAAACUUAGAAUGUCAAUUAAAAGCUACUUCAAGGAAACUUCAAGAAAACACCACCAAGUAUACCAAUCAGUUAAAAGCGACUAAUGCGGAAAAAGCAGCAUUGGAUGAAAAACUAAAACAGUUAUCUACAGAGCUUAAUUCAAAGAAUUUAACAUGUGCUAAAUUAUCUGAAGAAAAUUCGAAAAUAUCGAACUUAAAUGCAGAAAUUUCACAGCUAAAAAAACAAUUUCAUCAAACAUCUUUGGAAAAUGAGUUACUUAAAGAAAAAUAUGAAAAACUAAUAGCAGAAAGUUCAUCAUUAGUACUACUGAAACAAACGUCCCUAGAAUUGGAGAACGAAAUUUCAAAAUGUACUCAACUAUCGUUAGAGAAUGAGAAACUUAAAAAGAAUUAUGAAAAACUUAAAACUGAAAACUCACCAUUAACAGUAAAACAGAACGAUAUUGAUAAAACGAUAUUGGAACAAAAACUUAAACAUUUAAACUUACAGUUAGAAAAAGAAAUUGCGAUGUGUAUUGAACUAAGAGCGGAGAACCAAAAACUAAAAUCUUUAAGCUCAACUACAAGAUCAGAAUCAGAAGAAAUACACGAGGACAUUAAAAUCCAUCAACAAAAAAUUCAACACUUGUCUUCUGAGCUUGAAAAAGAAGUUUCUAAAAAUACUGCACUUGGAGAAUAUAACAAAGAAAUGAAUCGACUUAUAAGUGGAUUGAAAUCAAAAACAAAGUCAGAAUCGCAGGAUCAUUUGAAUGUUCCUAGCAAUUUUAAAGUUCUCAUUAGAGAUGUACCUACCGAUCAAAUACUUCAUCCAUUGGAAAGAACUAUUAUAGAUUUGGCCUCAAAAAUUAAUAUAAGUAUAAAUCGGGAUGAUAUAACACAAGUUCGUUUCAUGGAGCGUAAAGGCUUGAACGAGUAUUCCAAUAAAGUUUCAUUGUUGGUUGAUUUCAAAACUUAUGAAAUAAAAACUAGUUUUCUUUCCAGUCGCUCUAAAAUGAAAUUAAAUACAUCUACUAAGAACAUUCAGAUAAAAGAUUUUUUGGAAAAUGAAGUAUAUUCAUUAUUCCUUUAUGCCAACGAACGUCUUCGACCUAAAGGAUUUCAAAAAUUUUGGUGCAAAGACAAUCAAGUGUUUGCCAAAAAAAGUGAUUCUGAUACAAAAAUAGAAAUCAAGUCGCGAAAUCAAGUCGAUUUACUUUCGAUGUCAUAUUGUAGAGCUUAAGUAUUUUUUUAAAACGAACGAUUUUUUUAAUUAAGGAUCAAAUAUAAAUAAAAUAAUUAAUUUACGAACAUUCAAACCUCUUUUAAAUAAAAUAUCUAUAUGAACAAUU